CUAUUCUUAAAUGGGAAGGAAGGACGACAGACGCAGUCGGAGUAAAAGCCACGAGAAUAAGUGGAGACCGCCCAAGGAAGAAUCCCCCAGUGACGAUGAGGGCGAAAAUCAAGAGCCCGGGUUUUUGGGUAGUCUCACUGCAGAGGAGCGUUUAGAGUUGGAGAAAAGAAAGGAUGAAGCUGGGCUGAAGCAGUAUGCCAAGGCGUUUAUCGAAAAGGAAAAGAGAGACCAGUGGGAGCAGAAUCAAAAGUGGCAGGAACGCCGCAGUCAUCGAGCUGUUGUUGCUGCUAGUGCCAAGGAGGAGCGCGUGAUGAAGGAGAAUUACGUUAUCUAUACAGGGGAAAAAGGAGAGGAGAACUAUGUCGAGGGUGAAGAAGCUGGGUGGUACUACUGUCGGCUUUGCAGAAAGAAGUCUGCCACUUUCGAGAUGCUCGAGAUGCACAUCGGAUCUAAGGACCACGCCAAACGAGUUGGCUGUCCUGAGUGGUAUGUCGAUGAUGUUUUGCCUUCCAGGCCGGCGGGGGAAUCGUCUACUUCUAAUGGCAGUGCGGCAGUGCGCGGCUCUGACGACUUAUACGCUACUGCCGCGGUCCGAGGGAAGGAGGGGGAGAAAGCCAGUGAUGGUAGCAAGAUCCUUGCCAGAGGGGAUGUCUCUUUAGGCUGGCCACAGUACCUAUGUGUCUGUGAAAACGGGUGGUGGUGUGAGCUCUGCGAUUCUGCGAUGAUAUGCGCUGAAGCUUCGGUUGAGUCCCAUCUGCAAGGCCAGAGACAUCAAAAGAACUGUGAUGGCAACAAACUACCUCGUUACCGUCCUGGAGGCGGAGCGGAGCAAGCUAAGAUUGUAUUUGAUGUUGAUGCCCAUCUUGGGAAAAAGAAGGCGAGCUGGCCGCCGUAUAUAGACAUAGUGGAUAACGGAGAGUACAAGGAAUGGAAAUGUGGGCUCUGUGGGACUACACUUUGGGACGACGACUGUGUGGACCAGCAUUUGGUCAGCAAGCGACAUCAGAAGAACCUUGGUGGCAAUAUUGGAUUCGUCAGGGAAGGACGACCGAGAGUUCCAGCGGUCCACUUCCCACCUUCGGCCAUCCCUCGACCGCUAGUGCAGGCGAAAAGCGUAGUGCCGCUACCCCCAGGGGGCCCUCGAGCAGCACCGAGAGUCGCGGUACCACCAGGAGGGCCGACUUCUUAUUUACCUAGGGCAGGAGGGCCGACUGGUGUCCCGGGCUCGGCAUGGGGCCGACCCUUGGGACAUCAGUCAGCGUCUCCUCCGGAACCGCCCAUGAGGCAGGACAUGGCCCUAAUGGACGAGAGGGCCAUCGAGGAGGAAGAGGCGAGGCUGUUGAAUAAGUUUGAAUUCAUAACCGAUGGGGAGCUGGUGUGCCAGCUGUGCUGUCACGAUCUGGGCCGGAUGGCUGAGUGUGACACCUUCACCACAGGAGAGCAGUUUGAGAAGCAUCGGCAGUCGAAACCCCAUCAGCGGCAUGUCCUGGCCCUCACGCAAGCCCAUCUCGACUACUACCAGCUCUUUUGCGAUACUUCGGGGUAUAGGAGGAUCUAUGCGAUGAACCAUAGAACAGGAGAGAUUGUACUUGACCAGUACUUCAUGAGGGAACCUCGGAAGUUGGCUGAGAUGCCCAAGGCGCUUAGUUUGAUUCACGGCGUAUCGGAGCUCCCGCAGGGCAUGGUUAUUUGUAAAGCAGUUCCCAAGGGAUUCACUGGGUUUGAGUACUACCUGGAGGAGUCCCCUGGGAGACUUCAGUUCGACGAUUGGAGGAAAAAUAAGGAUAAGAGACUACCUUUAUUAGAAAAGAUUGCGUUGAGGAUCCAAAACGGCGAGAUGGUGUAGAGCCUUGGACGAUGACAGAAUCCCAUUUUAACUGUUCCGAACAUCUGUUGGGGCCAUCCUUCUCACU